GAGUGAGGUAGAGACAGGCUGGCAUUACCAGAGUGUCUCUAGGUGUCGGAGUUGUGUGGUUUCGUAGGGAUCAGAAGGGGAGUAUUUAGAGGUGCUCUGAUGACCUGCCUUGAGUUGAGAAGGACGUAGUUAAGACUUGCAGUGAUGUUUCGGUAACUCAGCUCAUGAACAUCACUUUAAGUCUGUGCUACCUCCACUCUUUCAUGCCUCUGACUGAGGACAAGGAUGAGGUAAGAUUGACUCUUUCAGUCAUCUUUGUCCCAGGAGGCAUGGAUCCAUUCCAGGUCCUUCAGCAGUUGCGGUGUAACGGAGUACCGGAGGGAAUUCCGUAUCUGCAGGAAGGGCUUCCCCAACCGGAUCCUCUAUGCAGAGUUCAAACUACGACGGGAAUAGUACCUCUGUACCGUAUCCUGAACCCCAUGGCUAUCCCUGAGGAAUCCUUUGUGGACAGCAGGAAGGCUGUGGAGAAGCUGCUGAGAUCACUGGACACAUUGACCACACCCAGUACAAGUUUGGAAUUGAAUCACCAAGACUCAUGAGUUGGCCCUGCCGCAUGGCGAGGAGCUCAGACAGCCUCUCAUGGAGCGGCAGGUAGCCUAGUGGUUAGAGCGUUGGGACAGUAACGGAAAGGUUGCUGGAUCGAAU